GGUUAGAGAGAGAAUGAGAGAGAAGAACCAGGGGGAGUCUUCUGCACUGUUCUAGAUUGUUAUCGAAAGGUCAAAAUCUUGAAAGAAGGAAAGGUGCAAGAAGAAGUAUUGUUUUUCGAAGGUGCUAGAGAGUUGAAUGAUAAGUUUGGGUGAGGAUGGUGUAGAAUGUACGAAGGUAGAGAGAGAGAGAGAGAGAGAGAGAGAGAGAGAGAGACAGACAGGAAGUAGUAUCUGUGCCGAAACAGUGGAAGCUCAAAGUGGUUGUCUUUUGGAGGGAGGAGACAGGUCUUUUUCAAGGAAGGAGGGAGGCAGGCAGGGAAGGAAGGAAGGAUAAGAUUUUUAAGGGCAAGCGUGAGACUAGGGUUCUUUUACUGGUUGGAGCGAGUCAGCAUCCGUUUGGACCGGCCAUAACAAGAAAGAUGACGGAUCCACAGAAACAGGAAGGAGAUAACAGUAAUAACAAUGGCAGGAACACCCAAGUGGAGAUGGAUCACAGAGAGGACGACAAGAAUAUUGUCAACCCCCCAAAUGAGGAGAUGGUGAACGAAUGGCCGGUCGAUUGUGAUCCCAUAGACACAGACUUGCUCGGUGCAGUUGAUGCGUCAAGCAUAUUCGACGAUGUCCUCCCUUCCAUUGCCGAGUUCCCCACCAUGCGGUCAUCAUCACAGUCAUCAUCGUCCCUGUCAUCGUCGUCGUCUUCAUCAUCUGCAUGUAGUUCCUCCUGUUCAUCCUCUCCAUGGAGUAUUGCUAAGAAAGAAGAGAAUGACAGUUCUGUUAGGCAAAGUGGUGACCCGGCGGAUUCUCUGGCGGCGAAUUCCCUGGCGGCGCAGUCGGCGGCAACAACCGCGGCCGGAUGUUCGUCGCCUAUGCUGGUGGUACCAAAGGAAGAACGGAUGGAUACUGUUCUUGAUGGAUUUGGAGAGAUGGGCAUACUGGACACGGUUGAUAUCAGUUGGGACGCUUCCAUGUUCCAAACUGACGUUAACCCCAACAGCUCUCAAGAGGAAGAAAACUGCUUCGCUGGGAGCCCACCGACCAUUUACGACGGCCAGCAUGAGGGCCAAGAGAACGACAGCAUCUCGUCUCAGGAAUUAGCCCAAGUGUUCUUUGACUGGUUGAGAUCAAACAAGGAAUCCAUUUCUCCAGAAGAUUUGAGGAGCAUAAGGCUGAAAAAAUCCACCAUAGAGAGUGCUGUCAAGCGCUUAGGGGGAGGGAAGAAUGGGAUGUUGCACUUGCUAAAGCUCAUUCUUACUUGGGUGCAAAACCACCACCUGCAAAAGAAGCAGAAACAGUAUUUACCUUCUUGUGAUGACAUUUCUAACAUGCCUUGUUAUUAUCAACAGCAGCAGCAGCAGCAGGGUUUUGGUUUGCCUAACACCAAUUCAUGGUGUCUGCCUACUGCUGCUUCCCCCUUUCGACAAGCACCUGUUUAUGAUCCCUGCAUGGCUUCCUUCCCUACAGUUGUAGGUUACCCUAGCGUGGAAAUGGGAUAUGGAUUGCUUGGUGAUCCCAUUCAAGCAUUCCCACUGGCUGCUUCUCCUCCUGCCCCUUGUGAUAAUCUUGUUGACGCAGGAUCAUGGGCUCAGCCCCAUCAGUUCUACCCAGAUGAUGCUUCAUUGAUGAGCUUCCCUCCUGGAUCUAGCAACAGCACCAAUUACAACUCCAUGGUGCAGCAAACGGAUUGCAUGUCCAAAUCGGCGACGAAGGAGGCGAGGAAGAAGCGGAUGGCUCGCCAACGACGAUUCCUUUUCCACCACAGGCACAGUAAUGUUGCAGAGAAGACGGUGGUAAUGGAGAAUCACAGCAGUAAUGGCAACCUAAAGGACAGAUCUAAUUGCAUGGUUUGGUCCUCUUCUUCACCGGCCAAUCCUUCGCCGGAAUGCCAGCAGGCGUUUCUCCGGCCGGCGCAUGUGGACAGGCGGCAGGGAUUGAAGAGCGAGAAGAACUUGAGAUUUCUUCUUCAAAAGGUGUUGAAGCAAAGCGACGUGGGCAACUUGGGUAGGAUUGUACUCCCCAAAAAGGAGGCAGAGGCGCAUCUUCCUGAACUUGAAGCUAGGGAUGGCAUUUCCAUAGCCAUGGAGGACAUCGGGACUUCUCACGUAUGGAACAUGCGUUACAGAUUCUGGCCCAACAACAAAAGUAGGAUGUAUCUCCUCGAGAAUACAGGUGAUUUCGUGAGAUCAAACGGCUUGCAGGAAGGGGACUUCAUUGUCAUUUACUCCGAUGUCAAAAGUGGCAAAUAUUUGAUAAGGGGGGUGAAGGUGCCAUGCCAGGGUGCGAGCAAAGCUCAGAUAAAGGUGCAGAAGACGCUGACGCAGAAGCCUUUUCAAUCCGCUACUGUGGAAGUUUCUUCCUCUUCAAACACGGGGUCAGUUCCUUCUUGAUAUAGAUAGAUAGAGAUAGAUAGAUCGGGCUCGAGGGUUCUGGGGUUUCCUCCUGAUAGGUUCUUGUAAGCUUAGGUCUGUAGAAAGCGGAUUCUUUUUCCUCUUCCCUUUUGGGAGUCAGGGUUUUCCUUUUAAAUUUUCUUCCUGUGCUUCUCUUCGAGAUGGUUGUGGGAGUUGCAGGAGGAGAAAUGUAGUAAUGGUCUUUGGUGGUAUGAUAAUGCCAUAUCUUGUUUAACGGAUUUCUUGUGCAUAAAGGAACCGUUUUGGAAACUUUCAUUGGCUUUUUAUGCACAUGCCGUUGAUC